AAGCAUGCAUGCAUGCAAAACUUAUAAAAUUUAUCUUCCCAGUUGUCCUCCACUCAUCUUGGUCGGCUACUUUCUUCCUAUAUCUUGACCAUCAAACACAUUCACAAUCUUCAUCAGAUCAAUGGCGUCAACAGCUUCAUUGUUGCCGCAGCAGCAGCAGCAGCAGCCGGUUGAGGCUAAUUCUGGGGCUUCUUCCAACAAUGUUGCGGGUAAAUCUUCCGGGUCUAUCGGACCAUUCUUUGCAGUGAUGUCUGUUCUCACCGUUCUCGCAAUUAUUUCAUGCGUGUUGGGGAGGAUUUGCACGCGCGACAGGGAUGAAGGAAGGAGUAGUAGUACGUCGACUGGUGGUAGUUCAUCGGAGAAAUUCAAGUUUAGAGAUCAGUGUUUUAGGUGGCUGAAGAGGCGGAGUCGCCGCCGCCGGAGCGUUGUUAACCUGGGCCAAGCUGAGGUGGGAGCUAAAGUUAUGGAUUUAGGGGAAGAUAGAAAGGAUGUUGACAAGGGUAAAGAUGAAGAUCCUGGUAGGGUUGAAGAUCCUCCUCAGCUAGCUUGAUAGAGCAUACGAUUAUUUUUUUUUUUCAAUUUAGUUUAGUGAGUUUAUCAAAAUAAUUUGUUGUGGCAUAUAUGUCCGAGUAAAACAAAUUAUGUGCAUGAAUUUUUGAAUUAAUAAUAAUGUGUGAUCAUAUGAUUGAA